UGCUGAGAACCUUCUAGACACAGGUUUUCUUUCUGUUCUUCACUUGAGCUAAUCCUGUCUUGAGUGCCGAAUCCUUUGAGAGACCUAGAUUUUCCGAUUUGGGGGAGAAGAUCACAAGAGGGACCAUUCUGACAAUAGAAGGUGUCUUUAUGCCUGAAGUGCAAGUCUGAAAAUGACAGCUCAGAAUAUUCUUGGGGCGGAACUAUCCUGUGAAGUAAAAAUGGAAGAAUUUACAACAGAGGGUCCUCAUUUCUUUCCUCUAUGCAACAAUUGGGACUGUGAGAAUCAGGAAGGAAUUUUGAGGCAAAUGGUUUUAACUGCAGAUAAACCAGGGCCUCAGGAAGUCAUGUGUGACUAUCAUGGAUUCAGAGCACAUCUGAGUCGAGGCCCAGAACAUCCACCAUCUCAGAGAGUUCCUACAGCAAAUGGUUUCCACAAACAUGACUCACAGGUAGAUUUGGAUUGUAACGAAGCCUGUGUAGCUAAGAGAACUGGUGAAAGUGAUGUUUGUGGAAAAGCUUUCAGCCAGUCUAUUGACAUUAUUCAAUUAGGAAGACACCAAACAAAAGAGAAACUAUAUAAACACUCUGAUAGUGUUUCAUCUUUCAACCAUAUUACUCCACUUGGUGAACAAAGAAUAAUGAAAAGAGGCAAGAAACUUUAUGGAGGUAAGGACUUUGGUGACAUCUUUGCCUUGAGUUCAUCGCUUAAUGAAAACAGGAGGAGUCACCCUGGAGAGAAACUAUAUAAAUGUCCUGAAUGUGACAAGUGCUUCAAACGGAACUCUUCUCUUGUUUUGCAUCAUCGAACUCACACUGGAGAGAAACCUUAUACUUGCAAUGAAUGUGGAAAGUCUUUCUCGAAGAACUAUAACCUGAUUGUUCAUCAAAGGAUUCAUACAGGAGAGAAGCCCUAUAAAUGUAGCAAAUGUGGGAAAGCCUUCAGUGAUGGGUCAGCUCUAGCACAGCAUCAGAGAAUUCACACGGGAGAGAAACCAUACGAAUGUCUAGAAUGUGGAAAAAGCUUUAACCGAAAUUCAUCUCUUAUUUUGCAUCAGAGAACUCACACAGGGGAAAAACCAUAUAGAUGCAAUGAGUGUGGGAAAUCCUUCACUGAUAUUUCCCAUCUCACUGUUCACCUCAGAAUCCAUACAGGGGAGAAGCCAUAUGAAUGUAGCAAAUGUGGGAAGGCUUUCCGAGAUGGCUCAUACCUUACCCAACAUGAGAGGACUCACACUGGAGAGAAGCCUUUUGAGUGUGCAGAGUGUGGGAAAUCAUUUAACCGAAAUUCUCAUCUCAUCGUGCAUCAGAAAAUCCAUUCGGGGGAAAAACCAUUUGAGUGUAAAGAGUGUGGAAAAACAUUCAUUGAGAGUGCUUACCUCAUCAGGCACCAGAGGAUUCAUACUGGUGAGAAGCCCUAUGGCUGUAACCAGUGUCAGAAACUUUUCAGGAACAUUGCUGGUCUCAUUCGCCACCAGAGGACACAUACUGGAGAAAAGCCCUAUGAGUGUAAUCAGUGUGGCAAAGCUUUCAGAGAUAGUUCCUGCUUGACCAAACAUCAGAGAAUUCACUCUAAGGAGACCCCAUACCAAUGUUCAGAAUGUGGGAAAUCCUUCAAACAGAACUCUCAUCUGGCAGUACACCAGAGACUCCAUAGCAGGGAGACUCCCAGCCAGUGUCCUCAGUGUGGGAAAAUGUUCAGAAGGAGCUCGUCCCUCAUCCGACAUCAAAGGACACACCUUGGAGAGAAACCCAUAGGACUAUCAUGAAUAUGGGCCACACUCUUCUAACUUUUCAGAGACCUCUGUGAAAUAGUACAUCUUCAGGUGUGACUUCUCCUUGGUUAGUAGAAAAAUUUCUUCAAAUUCUCCAGUGAAUUGAAUGUGAGACAUUCCUUAUCCUCAUGGUUAAAUCUAUAAUUGGGGAAAUCCUGGAGGGAACAUAGAAUAGUAAUAAAUGUGAAAAGAGGCCUCAGGGAUAAUUCAGUGGUGUAGUGGUUGGGCUGUGAUCUGUAUGGUUGGCAGUUAAAACCACCACCAGCAGCUCUGCAGGAGAAAG